UGUCUGUAGUUGCAUAAACAAAAAUGUUCAGUAAAGGCCCAAACACUAGUAGUAGCAGCUUUUACAUUCUGAAGAUAUGUUAUUGGGCUUUGUCUUAAGGGCCGAAAAACCCUAGUCCUAUAAGAACCGUUCUGAAAUCUUUAGGCGCGGUGGCGGCGAUGCAGGUAGACGGGUUAGCGGCGGAGGGUGGAAGGGUUGAAAGGCUAGAAGCGGCAGAGAAGUAUGUGGAUAAGAAACAAAUCGACCUGAGGGGAACAUGAUGUCCUUCCGUUAUUUUAUAGUUUUCAAUCUGAAUUUCAAUUCCGCCGCUCGCUUUUUCUUGCUUCUACCACCGCUUUUCCCGUCGCUCUGAUCUGCUACGCCGCCGACCUUGUGAUGAUCAGUUCUGAAGGUCCAUAACCAUAACAAGUUUCUUCUCAAAAGUUCAAAGGUACUACUUAGCUAAGGAUUUCAAUAGUUUUGUGUCUUUUUGGAAUUCUUGGAUUUAUGAAAUUAGUUGACUCUUUCACGAGUUUGACCUUUUCCUAUUUUUAUUUAUUCAUGCGUGUAAUUUAAAUAAAACAUGCUUGGAUUUCAUACGAAUUCAGAAUGUUAGUAUUUUAUAAAUUAAUUUUCUGCAAGAUAUUUUCAUGAGAAACAAAUAAUAAUAAAAGUAGAAUGUUUUUUUCGUCCAAUGAAAACUUGAUGAAAGUCAAAAUCAAAUUAUUUUGUUCUGUUUUUUGUUAUAUUUGUUUGUAUUGACUUGGAAUAGUGUUUACAAUGAAAAGUAUCAAACUUUUCUCCGGUCAACUUCUAUCUUCGUACGUUUCUUGCGAUGCUAAAUGUAUUUUAUGAUGGUUAUUAGAUGUAAGUUGUGAUCAGUGCUAAUUAGCCGAAUUAGAAAGCUAGUAACGUUUUUUUUUUUGUGUUGAGUGAUUCUCUUACUCUAUAAUAUUAUCGUGAUUAUCAUCUCAAACUUUGGCUUAUGUUCAUGAUUUGUUUUGAUACUAGGGUAAUUUUUGUUUUCAAUUUAUUUUUGGUUCAGUAAAUAUAUAAAUUAUUGUAAGUAGACAUUUAUUUGGUUGGUCAAAGUCAAAGAGCUUCAGAGAGAACGUAAAGGACUCGUCUCUUGCAGUCAAGUCGUUACCUACACAAAACUCGACUUAAUUUAAAAUUGAUCUCUGAUUGAAUAGUAUGGUUGUAAGUUAUCACCGGUCAACUUUAACGUCUUUGAUUGAUACUAUAAUCAGUUUAAACCACACUUAAGAGUCCAUAAUGCGUUAUUUGCUAACUAUAUUAUAGUCUCACGAGGUCUAUUUUAUUUUAACAUGCAUCACAAAAAAGGUAGUAGAUCAAUAGUAGUUGAUAUGUAGCGACUAACGACUUUUUCUUCGCAAAAAUAAUCUAAUUGUUUGGUUUGGCGGUCAAACUAGUAUUUUUCAACAGAUUUGUUACUAAUAUGAAAUUUCAAAGCUCUACUUUUUGAUUUUAGCAUUUUUUAUUAGUAGGUAAAGAUUUUGAAUGAUGUACUAAUAUCCCCCAAUCAAAUUCUGUUUAGUGACGAAUAAAAUAGAAUAUAAUUCUAGUGGGUUUAGGUGUUCUUUCUCAGACUAUUUUAUUAUUAUGAUUUGAGUUUUGUAUAGUAUUACAAAAACAAGUUAGAGAGAAGAUGUUUAAACAAAAAAAAACAAUGAAAAUGUUUAUCUGUAAAACCAUUACACAAUCUCACUUCAUUGCAAUUGUUUUACUACCGUUCUUCAUUCUCUUCCAUGUUUGGUCUUAAGUAUGAAACCGCGUGAAGAAGAAGAAGACUUUGGUCAACAUUUAUCAACUAUUAUUUUAUUUUCAGUAUCCUGACUUUCACCAGAUCCUUACUGUUCUUUGCUCUUCCUCUCUCUAACUCUUAACUCAUCCUCUCUUCUGUUCUUCUUCGGAAUCAAUUUCUCACAACCUAUAUCAAAUCUCCCCAAAAGUUUCUAUUUUUUUCAAAAAGAAUACCACUUUUGCAUCUGCACUUUUUUCUCUCUCACUUUCCUUUCACGGCCAUUCCGAGCUUGUUCGUUGUCGGAGAUUUCACUUAAUGUUGUCCAAGCAAAGUUUCAUUCUUUGUCUUGUUUUCUUCUCCAUCACAGCCUUUUCCGGCGACUCCAGAGCCCUCGCCGGGAACAAUGAGCAGAAGAAGAACAUCUCCGGCUUUUCCGGGUUUGACUUCCCGAAUCCGAUGCGCUUCGGUUCUGUUUCUUCUUCCACAAGCGACGACUGCGGUUUCUCUUCCCCGGAGAAAGAACCCACCAAGGAAACGACCAGAGAAAACAAAAACAAGACGGUGAAGUUUCACUUAAAGCGCCGACAGGCAACGACCAAGCAAGAAACAGACAAGACAACAAAAACAAAUCCAGUUCUUGAGCUCCAAAUCAAAGAUCUCACAAGGAUCCAGAUGCUUCACAUAAGAGUCUUGGAGAAGAAGAACCAAAACACUGUCUCCAAACCUCACAAACAGAACAAGAAGAACAAGAAGAAGGAAGCUGUCACCUCUCCGGUGAAGGAGGAGAAGCCUCGUCAGCUCGUGGCUACACUAGAGUCCGGUAUGUCUCUCGGUUCAGGAGAGUACUUCAUGGACGUGUUGGUCGGUUCACCACCAAAACACUUCUCCUUGAUCCUCGACACAGGAAGCGACCUAAACUGGAUCCAAUGCUUGCCUUGCUACGACUGCUUCCAACAAAACGGUGCGUUUUACGACCCAACAACUUCUACCUCUUUCAAGAACAUAACUUGCAACGACCCAAGAUGUAACCUAGUCUCUUCACCCGACCCUCCAAAGCCCUGCAAAUCAGAUAACCAACCGUGUCCUUAUUACUACUGGUACGGAGACAGCUCCAACACUACCGGAGACUUCGCCGUCGAGACUUUCACCGUUAACCUCACCACCAACGGAGGGAGCUCGGAGCUGUACAACGUUGAGAACAUGAUGUUUGGUUGUGGUCAUUGGAACAGAGGUCUCUUCCACGGUGCUGCAGGGUUGCUUGGUUUAGGAAGAGGGCCGCUUUCGUUCUCGUCUCAGCUUCAGUCUCUUUAUGGACACUCCUUCUCUUACUGCCUUGUCGAUAGAAACAGCGACGCAAACGUUAGCAGCAAGCUGAUAUUCGGUGAAGACAAGGACUUGCUAAGCCACCCGAAUCUGAACUUCACUUCUUUCGUCGCUGCCAAAGAGAAUCUCGUGGAAACAUUCUACUACGUACAGAUCAAGUCCAUACUUGUCGCGGGGCACGUGACGAACAUACCUGAAGAAACAUGGAACAUCUCAUCAGACGGUGGUGGAGGAACCAUCAUUGAUUCAGGUACAACGUUGAGUUACUUCGCUGAGCCUGCGUAUGAACUCAUCAAGAACAAGAUUGCUGAGGAAGUGAAAGGGAAGUACCCUGUGUAUAGAGACUUCCCUGUCUUAGACCCUUGUUUCAACGUCUCUGGUGUAGAUAACGUUCAGCUUCCGGAGCUUGGGAUUGAGUUUGCAGACGGUGCUGUUUGGAACUUCCCCACAGAGAACUCUUACAUAUGGUUGAAUGAGGAUUUGGUUUGCUUGGCGAUUCUUGGAACUCCAAAGUCAGCGUUUUCCAUUAUUGGAAACUAUCAGCAGCAGAACUUUCAUGUACUGUAUGAUACCAAGAGGUCAAGACUCGGAUUUGCACCUACAAAGUGUGCAGAUGUAUAAACCUUCUUGUCGAUUUAUGCAGAUACAAGGUCCAUUGAAGCAACUGUACACACAGAAAGUUAGCUACAAGGAGGAACAGAUUCUUUUUCUCUUUAAUAUUUAUUUCAUUCUUUAGGAUAAUAUUCCUUUUCUUUCAAUAAUAUAUUGCUGUAGAACAAAGUUCAUAUCUCUCUAAUGUACUGAUUCAACACUCAAUUUCUGAAUACAAGUGUGUUACUGUUGCUUG